UCUGCAUCGUCCGUCCAGCCGGCGGGCGCUAGGGACGGUGGGAGCGACGGAGGGCGGGCAGCUUCUUCGGAUGCCUUUGUUCGUCUCGAAGAAGAUCGGACCUCGCGGAUCUCCGACUGACAGUCGUCGAGUGGUGAGUUUGAUCCUUGUCACUGAGAAUCAGGAGAAAUCGUCCAUAAUGUCUAUCAUUGAAUCAACAAUAGGUUUUCGAGAGUCGUAUAGUAAUCGGGAAUUGAGAGUUGCCGGUGCUUGAAUGGCCUUUUCGGUGACUGGAUCUCAGAUUUCUCCAUGAGGUGGAAGAUUUGGGCAAUUGUAGAUCGGGAGAAGUCAUCCGCUGUCUGGAGUGCUGGUAAUCUCCGAACACGUCAUGGCAAGUGGUUUGCGGACCCUCGAAGUCAGCGGCGUGGGUCACUGUGAUCAAGGGCACAUGUAGUGCCUGUUUCUUAGAAGAUUAUCUGCACAGGGUUUACGACUUAGAACUUACUUCCAUGGGAACUUCUGACAGACCUCCAGCCCGGGCUGGAGCUUGGGCUGUUCCGCUGCACUCUCGCAACCCCGGCCAAGGUUCAGCGAGUUCUAGUGCAACAGUGUCGACGAGCAACCAAGUGUUUGCUGCUGAUAGAAAUCUCAGCAACAAAGAUGUGACCAACAAGGUUUCAGUAGCAGAGUACGAGGAUUCUGACAGUAGUGAAGACCAUGAAGACGGAAAAACAGAUGUGGAAGCGCUGCAAGCGGCAAUCUUCGGCGAAUACACCGGAGGUGAAAGCCUGGAUGAUCUGAACGAUGCUGGCAUUGCGAAAAUUCGCGGUCUUCUGGUUGCAGCUCGGAGUGGAGGAACUGCCUGCCUCAUAUGCUUGGAACGCGUGAGGGCAACCGAUCAUGUGUGGGAUUGCAAGUCUGGAUGCUAUGCUAUCUUCCACAUCACGUGCAUACAAUCAUGGGCAAGACAAGCCCUCAAUGCGGCAGAGCUGAGAGCUUUGAACAGACUGUCUGCCGAAAGUUUCCCAGGUGCAGCAGCUGCAAGUGUCCGCUGGCACUGUCCAAAAUGCCGUGCAGAAUACACGAGCUCACAAAUCCCCCGAGAGUAUCGUUGUUUCUGCAGCAAGGAGGUGAAUCCAGGCUCGGAUCCUUGGCUCACUCCUCACACUUGCGGAGAAAGAUGUGGCAGGCAGCUCGACGGAGACUGCGGACACGAAUGCAAGCUCCUCUGUCACCCGGGGCCAUGCCCUCCGUGCCCGCAGCUGGUACGAGUGUCAUGCUUCUGCGGUGCCAAAUCCGAGGUCCGUCGAUGCGGUCGAAGCAAAUUCUCCUGCGAGAGCCCGUGCAGGAAGACUCUCGCAUGCAGGAAACAUGUCUGCGAAGGAAAUUGCCACGACGGAGACUGUGCACCCUGCACCAAAACAGACAAAUACUCGUGCCAAUGCAAGAAGGAAGUAGCAGUCCGCCCUUGUGUGGAUUCGGUCUUCCGGUGCGAGCAUCCCUGCGAGCGAGAGCUCAGUUGCAAGAGACAUGUCUGCGAGAGAGGGUGCCACGCAGGAGCAUGCGGCGAAUGCAAACUGGCAGGAAGGAGGAGCUGCCCCUGCGGCAAGAAAGAGUACAAAGGCGUGGGCUGUGAAAGGGCCGUUCCUACUUGCGGAUCAACGUGCGAGAAAAUGCUGUCCUGCUCGAAGCACCGGUGCCAAGAGCGUUGCCACACGGGGCCUUGCAACACCACCUGCCGAAUCGUUCUCGUCAAAGCCUGCCAUUGCGGUGGCCUCAAAAAGGAGGUUCCAUGCCAUCAAGAGUUCAUGUGUGACAGAAAGUGUCAGCGUAUUCGCGAUUGCACCCGACAUCCUUGCAGAAAGCGUUGCUGCGACGGCGAUUGUCCACCUUGUCAUGAGGUUUGUGGUAAGAGGCUCAGGUGUAAGAAUCACAAGUGCCCAGCACCAUGUCACAGAGAAGCAUGCGCUCCUUGUCCCGUCUCAGUACGAAUAUCGUGCGCAUGUGGGGUGACCUCAUUCGAAGUACCUUGUGGUAUGGAGAAGGACCAGAAGCCCCCUAGAUGCUCAAAACGGUGUCAGAUACCUCCACGUUGUUCUCAUGGUGCACUCUGUAAGCCCCAUGCUUGUCAUUAUGGACCAUGUCCUCCGUGUCAGCUUCCAUGCAAAGCAGAGCUGCCAUGUGGUCAUAAAUGUAACAAAAGGUGUCAUGGACCGAGGCCAGUUCCAAAUCCUGAGUAUACGCUAAAACCAAAGAAAAAGAAGAAGGUUUUCGAAGAUCCCAAUGCAGUCAUGGGACGUCCUUGCCCACCUUGUGUAGAGAUCAUUACUAAACAGUGCCUUGGCCAACACCUGGGGAUAGAAAGAAUGAUGGUGUGCUCAGAGGCCAAAGAAUUUCAAUGCGGAAAUGCUUGUGGAAACCUACAAUCAUGUGGCAAUCACUUCUGCAACAAACCUUGUCACUUCAUUCAAACAGCUUCGGGGUCGGAUAGAAGUAUAUCGUUGCAAGGGACAAAGGAAGCUGAUUCUUCUGACACAUGUGAGCAGUGUCCUUUAGAAUGCCAGAAGAAACGUACCUUAUGCCCUCAUCCAUGCCCGUUGCCUUGUCAUCCGGGAGAUUGUCCACCCUGCAAGGUUCUUGUGAAGAGAGGCUGUUAUUGCGAGACCAUGGUCCAUGUUUAUGACUGUGAUAGUUUCACAGCUGCUUCUGCCAAACUAAAGGCCAAAAUGCUCUCAUGUGGAGGUCCUUGUCAUAGGAAAUUGCCAAAUUGUGCUCAUAUGUGUUCAGACAUAUGCCAUCUUGGUCCUUGUCAGAUGGCUAAUAGUUGUCGGAAGAAGGUAAUAGUGAGAUGUGAAUGCCAACGUUUGAAAAAAGAAUGGCUCUGCUCUGAGGUACAAGGUGCUCAACGAGCCAGCCAAGAGGAAAAAUCAAGAACGUUGAUAGGUCUGCUACCCUGCGACCAGAUUUGCUUGAAGUUGGCUGCUGAGAAGAAGGCCAAAGAGGAGACUGAGCAGCAACUUCGGCAAAGAAGGGCAAAAGAGGCAGAGGCCCAGGUAGCAACGCCGAGCUUAGGAAAGCGAAGGAAAAAUCGAUAUCAGGUGGAAUCUCAGCAAGAAACCACAAGGUUUCAGGAAUUUAUGUCAGCUGCUAGAAAGGUGGCAACCGUUGCAGUCGUCGUUGUGCUCGUAUGCUUGGUUGGAUAUUUUGGCUUUAAAGGGUUACUUGAGCUUAAUACGUGGAUGAAUAGAAGAGACAUAGAGAGAAUGAAGAAAAGGCCUACAUAUGGCCCUCGGUUUUGAUUUAUUGAGUUAGUAGUCCAUCAGUAUUAAAGCUCAAUCUUUAGUAGAGAACACCGCGGGCACUAGGUUUAUUCUUCAGAAGCUCUGCCUCAGUUCGAAUCCUUAUUAGCAAUUAGAUCUAGAACUGACGGAAUGGUAUUGAUGAUCACGAUUUGGAAUGACAGAUAUUUAGGAACGUUUUUUGGAACCAUACAUCAAACAUUCUUUAUAGCACAUGUGCGGAUUUUUGGAUUGAAAACUUGUGCAGGUUUUGUCAGA